AUGAAAAGCGCGAACAGCGGUCAGACGGCACUUGAGGAAAAUGGAUUGCGUAGAAAUACACUGGGAAACAUUUCUGCAUCGAUGCCAGAUUUGAGUUUCGUGAAUCCGUCUUCUCUGAACGAAGUUUCGCUGAAUCGAACGUUAAGGUUCGAGGCGGUACGGCCUUUGAAUAUCAACGCAUUGAACAACGAGCUCACAUUUUUGAGGACAGAAAAUUUCAACCUGCGAGCGCAUAUUUUCUUGCUCAAGGAAAAAUACGGCGAUACCGAUGACGACAUCGACAUUGUCAGCAGAUCGCAGGAAUCAACACUGAAAACGAUCUCACAGCUGAAGCAAGAAAUUGAACUGAAGGAUCAAGCAUUACAGGAAGCACGAAACUCGAACGAAAGCAUUCAGCGACAGUUGGAUGCGGCACUGAAACAUUCGACUUUAGUUAAUGAGGCAAACACUGCUAACUCACAGGAGACAAAGGGUUCUGACACCAAACUCAAGCACCAGAGGAAGAUGCUUACCGUCGCAGAAAAGGUGGAUCUCCUCGACAUGCUAAAUGAAGGGAAAAGCUACGCAGCUAUAGGCCGCCGUUACGGAAUCGAUGAAUCUUCAGUUCGCUACGUAAAAAACGACAAAAAGAAUAUAAGUGAGACGGCAGCAGUGUCUUUGAACAAGACAGCGAAGAGGGUGGUGCUUCAGUCUCGGCAUAACAGCGCUGAUAGCAAAAUGUUUGCCCUCGGUGCCAGAAUCGAAACUGCAACUUUAUUCUCUGAAGCGACAAAGAAGCAGCUAGAAGAAAAAGACACUGAAAUUGCUACCUUGAAAGAGCGAAUUGUUGAUUUGGAGCGCGACUUGGAAGAGAAGAGGCCUGAAUAUGCUAAGCAGUUUCCAUUCAGCCAAUCAGUGCUUUCACCGGAACGUGCUGCGUUCCAGAACUCCAUGACUAUGCAGUCGACAGGCAUUGAAUCUGGAUUGGCUGUUCCUUCGAGCAGCGAAAACCUUGUUAUUCAUUUCCAAAACCUGUAUGUUCAGAAAGCUAUGGAAGUUGAAUCCCUUAAGGUUCAGCUUAAGGCCGAAAGGUCCGCCACAUCGAAUCCUGACGGAAUGGCACCUGAUCUUGAGUGCUAUGAGAAGAGAAUUCAGUGUUUGACAGACGAGUUGGCGAAGUCGACAGCUGAAUGCACGAAACGCAGCAAGGUAAUUCGAGCUCUGCUGAGAAAACUUGACGCCGACGGAAAGACUCAGGCGAAGACAUCUCCUGAAGUGGUUUCCCAGUCGUUCCAGCAUGACGUCAGUGUUUUGUAUUUUCUCGAGAAAUCUCUGAUCAGCCGCUCAGAUAUGGAAGAGUUCAGAACGAAGUUCUUCAGGUACCACCACCUGAGCCAGCAGAUGCUAACACGGUUGAAGAGCUCUGCUCGCUUAGUUGAAGAAAUUGCUCGAAGACUCGGCGACGACAAAGUGGCACAUGACCUUUUGAUUUCGCUAUCUGUACUGCACAACGAUAUGUCAGAAACGCUUAACUUCACGACGGAAAUCCUUGCCCACAUCGAUUCCGAAUCACAUUUGAUGAUCGAAGACACUGACGAUGUCAAAGAGGCGAUAGAAAUAAUCUCAAGUAUCGAAAGUCCUGAAAAGUUGCCAGGAAAAGAAUCUGAAAUGAUUCGAUCAUUAGAAGAAAAUCUGUAUGCCCUGAAAUGCCAGCUCGAGGCUGAAAGGCAGCAGGUUAAGAAGAUAAAUGCAGACAUCGAAGAAAAAGACAAGAAACUUGAAGAACUGUUGUCAGAAAGGGCUAUUCUUACGAAUCGCUUUCAGCAGCUCGAACGGUCUGCUAUGCAUCAAAUGGCAGCCAAGAUUGCAACCAGUGAUAAGGACAUUUGGUUGGUGAUGGAGAAGAUCGGUCUUCAGGUGAGUAUUCUAGUCUAUUAUGAUCUGGUCAAGUUCAUAGCGACUAUUCGGUUUUAG